UUAGUAUUGACUGCGAUCUGUGGCGUUCUAUGCAGCAGUUGAAUUUAGGAUCUUCUCUGCAGCCUCUCCAGCUAUCUAUAGAUACUCGUCGGCGCAACGCAAGAGAUAAUCGACUUAACUCAAUCCAUCACAUCAAAAUCCUCUGGAUGAGAAACACUCUUCCAAAAGCUUGGAGGCUUCACGAUCGUGUUCACGGCCAAAUCAAUGAAGAUGGUACUAUUCAAUUCUAUUUCCAAGAAGAACACCAACUCCUCUCAGUUAUCGAAAGAGGUCCAUUGUCUUUCAAAUAUUGGAUGAUUGUCAUAGAUCGUUGGACUCGAAGACUCUACCCGGAUUAUCUCCAAUCAAUAUCUUUCUCGGUCCAGAUCUUUGGUAUUCCAAAUGAAUACCACAACAGGCGUGUUGUAGAAGACAUUUGCCGUCAUAUGGGACAAAUUGAAGGAGUGCGUAUUGUGGAACCUACACGAGAUAACCCUUCUGAACACCUUAUCUUUACAAGAUAUAUCCAGUUUGAGGAAUGUGACGAUCCUGUACAAAUCCGAUUUUUCUACGAACGACUGAAAAAAUUCUGCAGAAGAUGUGGGAUGCUAACUCAUGAUGAAUCUCAAUGCCCUCCUACCCCUCCACCAAAUCAACAGGCACUUCUAGCCCCAAUCCUACAAGAAGAUCCAAUACCAGUUGAUGAGCAGUUGAAUGAAGAGAAUAUUCCUAGCCAAAAUUUGGAGCAGCUAAAUAAUGAACAUGACUUUCAUACUACCUCUGACCUUGCAGUCUUAGAAGCUGAAGAUGAAGAACGAAGAAAAGAUGAUAUCUAUCCAGACGACUACUUCACAUACAUUACCCCGCCACUCCUCUACCAGAGCAGUAAAUACGCUCAUCAUUUGGAUCUUACUCAGUCAAACAUUAUUGUUGAAGCAGGCUCUUAUUCUCAUCAAGUUAAAGGAUCAAAGCGAAGUCAUGUCUUAUGCCUUACUUAUAUCUACGGCAAUCCAGAUACUACCAGCAGACACUCCUUAUGGAAUAAAAUGAUAUCUGACGCUGCAGCUGGCUUCUACAGUAGUAGACCAUGGUUGGUCCUUGAAAAACUUGGAGGCCCCAAGAGAUUAGAGAGUACUUUUAGUACAUUUAGGCGAAUGCUCAACUCUACAAGCCUGCAUGAUCUUAGAACUCUUGGAGGUAAGUAUACAUGGAUAGGCCAGAGAUACAAACACAAAGUUAAAUCUAAGAUAGAUCGAGCAUUAGCUUCUGCAGAUUGGUUAGAUGCAUUUCCUAGAGCAUAUGUUCAACUCCUUGACUGGAUAGGAUCUGACCAUCGGCUGCUUUUAGUUCAUACGGGAGAAAAUAAGUGGAAAGGGCACAAAUUAUUCAGAUAUGACAACCGGUGGAGGUUUAAUAAGGAGAACAGAGACAAACUUCGGAGUAUGUGGCUUUUCUUCCUAGAUCAAAGUUUAAUGAAGACU